CCUACAUAGUAUAUACCUCGUUGUUUUUCUGAAUUAGUUACAUUUUGUUUUUGUAAACUAUUGUAAUAAUAGUUUAUGUUCGAAUAGUUCAAACAAGUUUGAACACUGUCCUUGGUCAUGUUUUCACCCCAUUAAAUGUAUAAAAACCCUUGAAAUCUGAAGGCUCUUGCCUUAAUUUACCUAUAUUAAUAUUUCAAAAGAAAAGGAUAUUUUCGAAAGGAUGACUAUGUCCGGUGAUGCACCAUCAACAGGUGCCGGUGGUGCACAUGUUGCACUAGUCACUGGGGGUUACGAUCACACCAUCAAAUUGUGGCAAGCACAUAGUGGUGUAUGCUUACGAACUAUGCAACAUCCGGAUUCUCAAGUGAAUGACUUAAAAAUAAAUCCCAGCGGGCAGAUGGUAGCAGCAUGUGGUUACCAACAUAUCAGGAUGUAUGAUUUAGCCAGCGCUAAUCCAGACCCUGUCAUUAACUAUGAAGGUGUAUCUAAAAAUGUAUCAAGAGUUGGAUUUCAGGAAAAUGGUCAGUGGAUGUAUUCUGGUGGAGAGGAUUGCACUGCCAGGAUUUGGGAUUUGAGGGCUGGACGUGAGUUUCAAUGCCAGAGGAUAUUCCAAGUGCCAGCACCUGUAAAUGCUGCGGCUUUGCAUCCAGACCAGUCUCAGAUUAUGGUGGGGGGUCAGAGUGGCAUCAUUCACAUAUGGGAUCUCAAGACAGAUCACAAUGAACAACUAAUACCAGAAGCUGAGGCAUCUAUUCAAGACAUAGCUAUAGAUCCUGAAGGAAAGUUGAUGGCUGCCGUUAAUAACAAAGGAAAUUGUUACAUUUGGUCACUGGGUGGGUCUCCUCCACGGCCUGUACCCAGAAAACAUUUGCAGGCACAUAAGAAAUAUGCACUGAGAUGUAAAUUUAGUUUAGAUUCAACAAUGUUGGUGACGACGUCAGGUGACUGCUCGGCGAAGGUGUGGCGCACUAAGGACUGGACCCUGAUGAGGGAGCUGAGACAUGAUGCCCAGCGGUGGGUGUGGGACGCCGCAUUUACACUCGACUCGCGAUAUCUGUUCACAGGGUCUUCAGACAGUUACGCGCGCCUGUGGAACUUGGAGAAGGGGACCCUGGAACGGGAAUACUGCGGACAUCAGAAACCGAUCACCGCCCUGGCUUUCAGAGAUCAAGCUGUUUGACUGUUUGCUCCAAUCUUGUCUUUGUUGUAAACAUAUAGAAACUAAAGCGUGAAUGUCAGUAUGAUAAGAACUUGUGUUCCUUUUGCAUUUAAUAAUAAUUAUUGUAAAAUAUGUACCUAUAUACCAAGUAGACAUAAUUAAGAAUAAAUAUUUGAUAAGGU